AUGGCUUCUACAAACGCCGCCUUUCGCCAGCGUCACUCCCAAGCCGCCAUGUCCACGUCCUCUACAGCGUCGUCCUCGUCCACGUCGCACCGUUCGCCCUCUGCCGACGCAACAGCGCCAGAGCCUCUGCUGUCCGCGGAUGCCCCUGAUGCGCGACGCGACAGUGGGCUGACAACGACCCCCGGGCUUCGUCGCACAGACACGUUCGGGCAGCUGGCCGCCAUCCUCAGCGACGACUACAUUGGCGAGAGCAAGCCGCUGCUGCUCGCCGUCCCCGCGGCCAUUGCGCUGUCGCUGGUGCCGCGCAUGCCCGCGGCGCUCGUCUUUGUCCUCAACGGCGCGGCGCUGGUGCCCCUGGCGGCGCUCAACAUUCUCACCGUCCUGACCAUGACGAAAAAUGCGCGGGUCUGGGGCGGGCUCUUCCGUGCCGUCGGAGGAAACUCUACAGAGUUCAUUAUUAGCGCGGUGGCGUUGGUCUAUGGCGAGAGCGCCCUAGUCCAGCAAACGAUGAUUGGCAUCAUAUUAAAUUAUGCGCUUCUUGUCCUUGGUGGCAGCUUCCUCCGCGCCAGUUACGGCAAAAAAGACGCCUCCUUUAGCAAGUCGAGAACCAGCAUCAUGUCUUCCCUAGUCAUGGUAACAUCCUUCUGCCUCGUCAUUCCCACCGUCAUGUCCCUCACCACCGGCGUUGAAGGAAUCGACUCCCCCGAGGCCAUCGACCGCGGCAUUCUCAACCUUUCCCACAUGACGGCCACGGCGCUCGUCCUCCUCUUCUUCACCUACCUGUCGUUUCGCUUCGUCACCCACGGCCAGUUCUUCCCCGCGAACCCGGGCGCCGUCCAGUUCAACCCCGACAGCCGCACCAACACGCGUCUCGACUCCAAGCAGCACCAGACCGCCGCUGGACUUCCCACCCUAGGCGUCAGCCUGCUCGGCAGCCUUUCCUGCACCGUCGCCUGUGCCAUGUUUCUGCUGCGCAGCAUGAACGGAGCGGCAAGGAGCCUGCACAUUACCAAGACCUUCAUCGCGUUUGUUGUCUUGCCGCUCAUUGUCAGCUCUGCCAAGUCUGUCAGCAUAAUUCGUCAUGCCCGACCCGAGGAGACUGGUGGCACGCAGAUGAGCCGCCUCGACUUUGCCAUCCGUUCCGUCAUGACCAACGUGCUUGAUACGCUGCUCUUCAACAUUCCACUGCUGGUAUUCCUUGGUUGGGCGCUCAACCAGCCGAUGGUGCUUGUAUUUGGACUAUUUGACGCGGUUGUCUUUGUUCUUUCCGUCACCAUCAUGACAUUUCUUGUCCGCUACGGCAAGACUACGUAUUUCGAAAGUUGCAUGCUCAUGGGAACAUACCUCUCCAUGGCCAUUGUCUUUUUCGUCCGACCCGAUUAUGCCCACGGUGCUCGCCCGCCGCAUGAUUUCAUCCCUGACAGCCCACCCCAGGCGAGCAUUCUGUAG